GAUAGCGAGAGCGCGACGGCGCGUUGCUUUAAACGAAGCGCCUUCAAUUUUUACAAAAAAAGAAAACAUUAUGAUUUCUUUUAAAAAAAUAAUCGUGUAUUGUGAUCUUUAUAACCUUUGCGGCUAGUGAAACUAAUGAAGAAGAGAAAUCGAAAAACCGCGAAUUAUAAUUAAUUACCAUAAUUUUCAAUAAAAAAAUAAUAUAUAUAUUUAUACACUUUGUGCAAUAAAAAUUAUAUAAUUAAUUUUUAAAAUAUGCACACAAAUAAUGAUAGCAGUUCUGAUAGAACUUCAUCGGAGAUUCAUUUAGAGAAAAUAAUUUCUGAGGAAUGUCGUCACCUCUUUAUGUUAAAUGCAAAUAAAGAAUUAAGGUGGACGAUGUACGAAUCAAAAGACGUACAACGUCUAGUUUCGCCGGCAUCAAAAUUCGUAAGAUGUGCCAUUGUUAUAAGUAUGAUACUAGCCACUGCAAUCAUCUUGCACUUCAGUCACUAUAGACCCAAACAGACCUUCUUGUCCUGUGAUAGACCAUGUCAUCAUUUAGAUUGGCCAAUGAUAUGUCGCGUAAAACUCACACUCGAAGUAUUCCAAACAUUAAGCAAAUCCUGUGGAGAAUGUCCUCACAAUGAAACUGCAUGUUUAGCUAAACACUGCGUUUCGGCUGAUGGAAGAAAACGGGGUCUUUUUACUGCUAAUCGUCAAAUGCCCGGACCGAGCAUUCAAGUAUGCGAAAAUGAUAUCCUAGUGGUGGAUGUUGUAAAUAGGCUUCCAGGGAAAGCUGCAGUAAUACAUUGGAGAGGACAACCUCAACUUGAAACACCUUGUAUGGAUGGAGCUCCACUAGUGACGCAAUGUCCAAUUCCCAGUUACACGACCUUUCAAUAUAAAUUUCGAGCGUCUGCACCUGGAACUCACCUCUGGCAUGCUCAUUCCGGCGCUGAUGUUGGGAAUGGAGUUUUCGGUUCGUUAAUUGUGAGACAAGCACAAUUAAAGGAACCACAUAGGGAUUUAUAUGACAUUGAUGAUCCAAAUCAUGUGAUACUUUUGAGCCAAUGGCAGCAACCCAUUGUACCUGAGAGUUCCUCGAGUGGAGAUGCAACCGAAAUGGAUACACUUCUUGUGAAUGGCAAAGGGAGACAAUCUAGUGGACCUAAAGUACCACUAACAACUUUUAUCGUUACACCUGGACGAAGACAUAGAUUCCGAGUUGCCAAUGGAGCUGGCUCUGGAUCAUGUCCAAUGACUUUGUCCAUUGAUGGUCAUUCCGUUCUUUUAAUUGCUCUCGAUGGACAUCCAGUUUCAGCUCAAAAAGUCAAUUCAAUUACUUUGGCAAAAGGUGAAAGAGCUGAUUUUAUACUUCAAGCGAAUAAGCCAAUAUCGACCUAUUGGAUGAAUGUGAAAUCAUCUAAAGAAUGUAGAUCGAAAGUGAAUAGUGGAUUAGCAAUAAUUAAAUACAAAGGAUCGAGUAGUAAUUCACCUCCAGCCUCUUUGGGAGAUGAGAAUGUUGAUUCAGAAUCAUUUAUGACAACAGAUCCAGCAAAUACUUGUGAAAAUCCAGAAAAAAUAUGCGUUACCGAAGUAACGUCUAUUCGAAAAAUGCCUAUGUUAUUGUCAAAUCCAUAUGUCGAUGUCAAGAUGUAUCUGCCAAUUAAUUAUAGAAUUCAGAGUCACGAAUUUUCAGGCAGUGGGAAUGUUGAAACUAAGGUUUUAAAUGUUGAUAAUGCCACGUUUACUUAUCCUUCAUCGCCUCUAUUAACUCAGGGUGUGGAUAUUCAGGAAACAAUGUUUUGCUCAGGAUUUGGAGAUGAGGAAGUUUCGAAUUUAAUUGUAUCUGACACAACACGAUGUCAAAGUCCUUCGUUACCACGUAAAUUGGAGGAUAUUACAAGUUUAACUUGUGAAUGUGUUCAUUUGCGAAAAAUUCCAUUGGGUGCAACUGUGGAAAUCGUUAUUAUAGAUCAAGGUGGCUUGGAAGAUUUAGUUUAUCAUCUACAUGGAUACAGUUUUUACGUGGUAGGAGGUAGAACAUUUGCAAAAAGUAUGGCACUAGAAGAAAUAAAGAGACUAGACGAGCAAGAAUCACUUUUCCUUCGUAAUUUGGAUCAAGCACCGCUCAAAGAUACUGUGAUCAUUCCAAAAUUCGGAGCUGUUGCUAUCAGAUUUAAAGCCGAUAAUCCUGGCUAUUGGAUGCUACGUGAUGAACAUGCACCCGAAUGGACACGGGGAUUGGAUGUUAUUUUACAAGUUGGGGAACAAAGUGAUAUGGUUCAAGCGCCAGAAGAUUUUCCCAAAUGUGGAUCUUUUGUUGGACCCGAUUAUUUCCUCAUCUAGACUGAAAAAUUGUGACAAGUGAUUUCUGUAAAUAGUCUUUUUUUUAACAUGUACAUACUUAAUUUUUAAAUUCUUAUACAAUAUUUUGUAAUAUUUUUCUAUACGAUAUAUAUAUAUAAGAUUUUAUCAAGUUUUCUUCUAGGUCAUAAGUUUUGUAAAUAAAUGUUCAAUGUUGUUA